GAUGAGAACCCCAUCCUACCCGUCUGGCUGUACCGUGGCGCUGCUCGCCUCCGCAGCUAAAGCAAACAUAGCAACAGCCAUCAUGGGUAAACAAAUGCGAUCAAAAGAUGGGUCUUUUCAUGAUGGCCUCGACGGUUAUAAGCUGGAAGAAAUCUAGUGUUUUUGACCGGAAAUAUCAUCAUCAUCCUCAUUAUCAUCACAACAUCAUCCACAACCCAGAACGCCCCCUCAACCUGCAUCCCAAUUCCAUCUCCGUCUCAUCUGGCCACCUCAACCCACAUCCCAAUUCCAUCUCCGUCUGAUCCAGCCGCCACAACCACCACCGGCAGAAUGCAACUCACCGCCACCGCCCUCUCCAUCCUCACCACCUUCUUCGGCCUGACCACCGCCCUCCCUACCAACACCUACGCCAACACGCACGCCAACCGACCGCGCGACACCGCCCCAGUAAAAACCCUGCUCCCGUCAUCCAUCGCCAACUUCGACAUCGGCACGGGCGAGAUCGGCUGCGACGCAACUAUAGGCUUUAUUUCGCGCUACGCGCCAUGGGGGGGCAACGACAUUUCCACCCUCGUGACCUUCACAUUCCCCUCCGACAUCGACUUCACCAGCAAGACGUGCCAGCUGCAGUUCUCCCUCUGGCCCGAGGACAGCGUAGCCGGCACGGCGCAGGUCGACCUGUUCUCGUCGCUGGCGCCGGCGGACUGCACCAGCGGUAGCGAGAAAGACAUGGUCAGCAACCAGCGCGGCGCGCACCUCGGCCGCCUGGCUGUGUCGCCGGGGAUGCUGACAAGGUGGAUUUCGAACGAGGGCGGGAGCGCCGCGCCGUGCCCGCCCGCGGGGAGCGUGCUGGGGUACGAGCUCGCGCCGGUCGGCGAUGAGGACGGUGUGGAGUGGGAUGCGACGACGGCCAAGGCGAGGGGGCUGUUCUUGCAGUACUACUAGUACUGAGAGAGCGUCGGGACGGGGCGGUGAUGGUUUCCUUGCAGUGGGUGUUGUUCUCUUGGUCCUUGGGUAAUGUCCUUGGGUAAUUAGGGGGAGUGGAUGCAUUGCUUUGUUUUUGUUUUUUUUUGAAUUGGGUUUGCUUUCGGGUAUACCAGGUUUUACUUUGGUUUGUGUUGCGUCG